AUGGAUGUUGUUGUGGAACAACCUCCUCGACCUUGGUCGGUGCCUUCAUGUCUUACCUGGAGGUUAGCUUCGUGGGUAAACCUUAAAUCCCUCUGCUUCUCCAAAAUUGAAUACAUUCAGAGCAUCUCUAACUUCUCAAGAUCGGAAAAUGUCGUCGAUGACAACCAGCUGAUUCGCGGGACGGAAAACAUAAAGGAUAAGUCAAGAAGCGGCCAAAGAUGCAAGGAGGAAGAGAGCAAAAGGAUGCAAAAUGAGAGACGCAGCGAGCAAGGUAUCAACGAGCUUGGUCCAAAGCCGAGUAUCAGCUAA